AUGAUUGUGAUCCAGAAUGUGGGGCCAAGAUCCCCAGCAAGGAUUAGGAGACAGUGGGUGAAAAGAAUUCUUUGGGGUGUCCUCUUCGGGCUGAUGGUCCUUAUCUAUGGCUCCCAUGCACCGCUCAUCACUCUCACCAAAGUCGAUGGUCAAGUUCCUUUCAACCCCUCAUCAUGUGUUGUCAUGAUUGAGUUAUCCAAACUGGUGAUUUCUCUGGCAACUCUUGUUCUAACUGGGGGUACAUCUGCCCUACAUGCUCCUCCACCUCUAGCCCGCGUGGCCCCCUAUGCAGUCCCUGCCAUACUCUAUGCCCUCAACAACAACCUGGUAGUACUCAUGCAGGCCUACAUGGACCCAAGCUCAUACCAAGUCCUCUCUAACCUGAAAAUUGCCUCCACUGCCCUGCUGUACUCCUUUUGCCUGGGCAAGAGGCUCCGGCCUUCUCAGUGGUUAGCUGUGGGGCUCCUCAUGGGUGCAGGCGUGUGCCACAGCUACAGCAGCCUGGGCCCAGGGGACGCUGAGAGGACUGAAGCUGAGGAAGGUCCCAGGCUUCACAUCACAACUUGGGGGCUUUUCCUUGUGCUGGUGUACUGCUGUGUUUCAGGGCUAGCAGCAGUUUACACAGAGAUGGUGCUGAAGAGCCAGAGGCUGCCCCUCAGCUUACAGAAUCUCUACCUCUAUGUGUUUGGUGUGGCCAUCAACGGGCUGUCCUGCUUCUCCUUUGCAGCAGGUGAAAAGAGCUUUCUGGAAGGAUACUCAGGGGUGGUCUGGGCCAUUAUAGUAGGGCAGGCAGCUAAUGGACUCUUGAUGUCUGUGGUGCUCAAGCACGGCAGCGGGAUCACCAGACUGUUUGUCAUUUCCUGCUCCAUGCUGGUUAAUGCUCUGUUGUCUUGGGGCAUCUUAGGGCUGCAGCUCACACCUGUUUUCCUCCUACCCGUUUCUAUGAUUGGACUGGCAGCUUACCUUUAUUACAGAUAGUAAAUAACUGAACCACAAGGCCCACUCAACUCACUGCGGUCUACUUGUAUUUCUGUUUCCAUAGUUUUUGAGUUUCAGAUGUGAUUUGUUUUCUGCCUUAUAUCUCUGCCUUCUGAAAUACAGGAUCCAGCACCUGUUCUGAUUUGUAACCACAUACCAUAUUAUCUGUGAAUAGUUACGUCAGCUGACUCUGACAAUUUACACCACAUUUUACAAUUUUAUUCAUAAUUCUGUUACAAUGAUGUGAGUAAAUUCAUAUAAUAAUGCAAGUCAGAAUUAUAAUAUCUUCAGUCUAACAUUUCUGAAGAGUGCUGCUAUUGUCAUUUUGUUUCAUUCUCUGCCAAGAACAAUGUCAAAGAUUAUAUCAAAGUGUUAUAAAGCGUGUUAAUGAUA